AUGUCAGGGCCCCCCGGUAACCUCGCUUCGGCCGUGAGGGUGUCAGGGCCCCCCGGUAACCUCGCUUCGGCCGUGAGAGUGUCAGGGCCCCCCGGUAACCUCGCCUCGGCCGUGAGGGUGUCAGGGCCCCCCGGUAACCUCGCUUCGGCCGUGAGAGUGUCAGGGCCCCCCGGUAACCUCGCUUCGGCCAGUGUCAGGGCCCCCGGUAACCUCGCCUCGGCCGUGAGAGUGUCAGGGACCCCCGGUAACCUCGCUUCGGCCGUGAGAGUGUCAGGGCCCCCCGGUAACCUCGCUUCGGCCGUGAGAGUGUCAGGGCCCCCCGGUAACCUCGCUUCGGCCGUGAGAGUGUCAGGGUCCCCCGGUAGCCUCGCCUCGGCCGUGAGAGUGUCAGGGCCCCCCGGUAACCUCGCUUCGGCCGUGAGAGUGUCAGGGUCCCCCGGUAACCUCGCUUCGGCAGUGAGGGUGUCAGGGCCCCCCGGUAACCUCGCUUCGGCAGUGAGGGUGUCAGGGCCCCCCGGUAACCUCACCUCGGCCGUGAGAGUGUCAGGGCCCCCCGGUAACCUCGCUUCGGCCGUGAGGGUGUCAGGGCCCCCCGGUAAGCUCACCUCGGCCGUGAGAGUGUCAGGGCCCCCCGGUAACCUCGCUUCGGCAGUGAGGGUGUCAGGGCCCCCCGGUAACCUCGCCUCGGCCGUGAGAGUGUCAGGGCCCCCCGGUAACCUCGCUUCGGCAGUGAGGGUGUCAGGGCCCCCCGGUAACCUCGCUUCGGCCGUGAGAGUGUCAGGGCCCCCCGGUAACCUCGCUUCGGCCGUGAGGGUGUCAGGGCCCACCGGUAACCUCGCUUCGGCCAUGAGGGUGUCAGGGCCCCCCGUUAACCUCGCUUCGGCCGUGAGGGUGUCAGGGCCCACCGGUAACCUCGCUUCGGCCGUGGGGGAGCCAGGGCCCCCCGGUAACCUCACCUCGGCCGUGAGGGAGCCAGGGCCCCCCGGUAACCUCGCUUCGGCGCCAGGACCCACUGGUAACCUCGCUUCCGCCGUGAGGGAGCCAGGGCCCCCCGGUAAUCUCGCUUCCGCCGUGAGGGAGCCAGGGCCCCCCGGUAAUCUCGCUUCCGCCGUGAAUGAGCCAGGGCCCACCGGUAACCUCGCUUCGGCCGUUAGGGAGCCAGGGCCCACCGGUAGCCUCGCUUCGGCCGUGAGACUGUCAGGGCCCCCCGGUAAUCUCGCUUCCGCCGUGAGGGAGCCAGGGCCCCACGGUAAUCUCGCUUCCGCCGUGAGGGAGCCAGGGCCCCCCGGUAAUCUCGCUUCCGCCGUGAGGGAGCCAGGGCCCCCCGGUAAUCUCGCUUCCGCCGUGAGGGAGCCAGGGCCCCCCGGUAAUCUCGCUUCCGCCGUGAGGGAGCCAGGGCCCCCCGGUAAUCUCGCUUCCGCCGUGAGGGAGCCAGGGCCCCCCGGUAACCUCGCUUCGGCCGUUAGGGAGCCAGGGCCCACCGGUAGCCUCGCCUCGGCCGUGAGGGAGCCGGGGCCCCCCGGUAACCUCGCAUCGGCCGUUAGGGAGCCAGGGCCCACCGGUAACCUCGCUUCGGCUGUUAGGGAGCCAGCGCCCCCCGGUCAUCUCGCUUCGGCCGUGAGGGAGCCAGGGCCCACCGGUAACCUCGCUUCGGCUGUUAGGGAGCCAGGGCCCCCCGGUAACCUCGCUUCGGCUGUUAGGGAGCCAGGGCCCACCGGUAACCUCGCUUCGGCCGUUAGGGAGCCAGGGCCCACCGGUAACCUCGCUUCGGCCGUUAGGGAGCCAGGGCCCCCCGGUAACCUCGCUUCGGCCGUGAGACUGUCAGGGCCCCCCGGUAACCUCGCUUCGGCCGUGAGAGUGUCAGGGCCCCCCGAUAACCUCGCUUCGGCCGUGAGGGAGCCAGGGCCCCCCGAUAACCUCGCUUCGGCCGUGAGGGAGCCAGGGCCCCUCGAUAACCUCGCUCCGGCCGUGAGGGAGCCAGGGCCCCUCGAUAACCUCGCUUCGGCCGUGAGGGAGCCAGGGCCCCCCGAUAACCUCGCUUCGGCCGUAAGGGAGCCAGGGCCCCUCGAUAACCUCGCUCCGGCCGUGAGAGUGUCAGGGCCCUUCGGUAACCUCGCUUCGACCGUGAGGGAGCCAGGGCACCCCGAUAACCUCGCUUCGGCCGUGAGGGUGUCAGGGCCCCCCGAUAACCUCACUUCGGCCAUGAGAGUGUCAGGGCCCCCCUAUAACCUCGCUUCGGCCGUGAGGGUGUCAGGGUCCCCCCGGUAA